AUGGCUAGAAGUGAGUUACAGGAUGUGCUUAUUACUACUACUACUACUACUACUACUACUACUACUACUACUACUACUACUACUACUACUACUACUACUACUACUACUACUACUACUACUACUACUACUACUACUACUACUACUACCAUUAAUGUG